AGCAACAUCAAAUUGUAGCAAAAAAAAAAAAAAAUAAAUAAAAAUUCUUUUAAAAAUCGGAAAAAAAAACUAGAAAGUGUGUUAAGACAUGAGUUACCCGGGCGAUAAUCGAUGGUCGGGGCCACCAGAUCCCAACGCCUACGCGAACAUCAACAGGCAGGGCAACGCGGCUCCGCGGAACUACCAGUCUCAGGUUGUGCGAAUGGCUGUGCGAAUGGACGGCGAGUUGCCUUCGACAUCCAGAGCUGCGCAAAAUCAGGCUUCCUUUUCCCAUGGCAGCCAAGCAGGCCUUGACUUUUCAUUUCACAACUCGUACAUGAACAACCCGACUGGAUAUUCCGGCUUUGGCCAGCGGGCAAACGAAGCGAGCAACAUGUCCGGCAUCGACGGCUCCAUGGGAGCCGGGAACCGCGAACAGGAACUGCCGAUGGAGUGCGAUUUUGAUUGGAGCUCCUUCGGGACUGGUGGCAACCAGGGGACCGUUCGCCAAAGCCUGCUCUUCCAGAGCCAAGCCCAAUAUACGAUGCGUUGGGGAAGUAAUGGGCAAGACCGUACUUUUCAGAUGACUCUGGUCCAAACCCGGACUGCGAUGCAGUCAUAUCAUAUCCCGGAGCAGCGCCCUUUGCAGAGUAUGAUGGAGGAGCGCUCGUACAACAUGAUAUCGGGGCGGCCACCACUGACAGCAGGCCCUUUUCCAAGGGCGGUGCCACCAUUGGCAGACCAGUCCAAUGGGACCGUUUUCCAGAGCAUAAUGGCAGAGCCAUCAACGGUGAGCAAUGAGGGGCACCAGGAUGCAGUGCCUCCCGCAGCGCAGGACUCCGACUUUCCAUAUUCCAUGGAAAUAAUGCCUUAUUUGGAGUCCAUGCCCACUGGGAACGAGGAAUCUCUAGUGGAGGAUCUGAGCGACUGGUGCAAUUAUAUUAAUGAACCAGAGGCAGAUGCAUUAAACCAAGAGAAUCAGGGAGGGCCAGGAUCGACGGCCAAUCCAAAUGAAUCGCAGGCUCAGUCAAUGGCCAGCACAACCAAUCCAACUGAUAUUAUGGCCACUUAUCCGUCGUUUUCGGGAAAUUAUACCAGGACACUCGGUGCGCCGUCCAAGCCCACCAGAGGUAAGGUAAUCAAGGCGAGGAACCCCUUGACCAAAAAGGAGCCGCCCAAGAGAAAAUUGGGUGCCCCAAUGAAGCCGAGUAUUUCGCAGCUUUUGAAAGAGGCCGCCAAGAAGGAGAGGUUGGCCAACGCGCCGCCCAAAAAGCAGCGAAAAACCAAGCCCAAGGCUUCUGCAGAAACGAAUUCUAUCCAAAAUCCGGAUCCUGCUGAGCCCUCUCAGCCCAGCACCUCUGCGGCAGCCAAGCCUCCCAAGCGAACUUACACCAAAAGAGCCAGUACUGCAAAGAAAUCGAAAGUUGAAAACAAUGCCGAGGCUGCUGUGGCAACAAGUAACCCGGCAGAAGCCUUAGGGCCCUCGGAAGUGAAGCCUGGUAUACCAUUAGGCCCAAUAGAUCUGAAUAUUCCAACUCCAACUAUACGGACCAUAGGCAAGACGAUCAAGCCAAAGGCCCCUAGGCGAAAAAAGACCCCCGUUGUACCAACUGAGGGAUCGGAGGAUGGCGUACCACCACCGCCUAAAACUAAGGCCGAGGCACCACCAAAGCCCAGGGCUCCUCGAAAACCCCGUAAGCCUCGACAGACAAAGGCAGCUUUGAAAAAACAACAGGAGGAGGAGGAGGCACUCAGGCUGCUUGCCGCAGCGCCAACAUCAAUGGAACCCAUUCCCAAAGGAAUGCCUUUAGAAGGCAUUCCAAAGGGAAUUCCAAUAGAACCCAUUCCCAAAGGGGUGGCUAUAGAACUCCUUCCCAAAGGAAUGCCUACAGAACCCAUUCCCACAAGGGAGGUGAUAGAACCUGUGCCCAGUGCGUCUACGAUUGGGAUGCAAAAGCCAGUUGCUGGGCAGUUCAUCAGUGCAACACAAGGGACACCACAAUAUGGGGUACGAGUGCAGAACUCGCCUACCAAACCAUCUGCUUCCCAAAAGAGACCCACUCCAAAGGCCGCAGGUGGAGGUAAGAGCAUGAAAAAUGUGAUGAAAGUGUUUGGGAAGAAAGCAAUCCUUCAAAUUCAGUCAUUUCUAUCGAAAGUCCCGGGGACAUCAGACACAACUAUUUUAGAAAAAUCAACUUCGGCCCCCAACGAGCACCAAAAAAAGGGAUAUGUACAAAAAAACCGAUCUGUAUCUCCUUGCUUGUCAAAGCAUUCGGCUCGUUCGACCUCAAGGUCAUCUUCCGGGUCAGACAGUUCUUCCAGGUCGUCCUCAUCGUGCUCCUGUUCAUCGAGCUCUUCCAGCUCGGGAUCUUCCAGCUCGGGCUCUUCCAGCUCGGGAUCUUCCAGCUCAGGGUCUUCCAGUUCGGGAUCUUCCAGUUCAGGGUCUUCCAGUUCCGGAUCUUCCAGUUCAUCAUGCUCCAAAAAAACCAAGACUAAGCCAAGGGCACAGAAACCGCUUCCCUCACGGGAGUCCUUUCCACGGAUAAAUACCGCUCUUUAUAAACCUACUAAUUUGGAGUCACCGUCGCCCCCGAUGUCGCCAGUGCAGAAUCUGGGUCCCCACCGGGAACUUUCGCCACCGAUGACUCCCAUGAAGAAUCUGGAUUUAUCACUGGAAUCCUCGCCACAAAAGGAGUCAUCAUCACCACCGAUGACGGUGAAGAAUCUGGAUUUAUCACUGGAAUCCUCGCCACAGAAAGAUACCGAUUUGUAUCAACCAACUAAUUUGGAGUCACCAAAGCCAUCGAUUGCGGCAGGGAAGAAUCUGGAUAUAUCAUUGGAAUCUUCUCCAAAAAAAUCUACCGCUUUGCUUCAACCAACAAAUUUGAAGUCACAAUCGCCACCAAUUACGGCACCGAGGCAUCUGGAUAUAUCGUUGAAAUCUUCCCCACAAAAAUAUACCGAUUUGGAUGAUCCAACUAAUUUGAAAUUACCAUCGCAAGCGACGCCCGUGCAGAAUCCGGAAUCUUCCCCCCAAAUGAAUACCAGCGUAGAUCAAGCUAUUACAGCCCAGAAGAAUCUAGAUCUAACAGCGGAGUCUUCCCCACAAAAAGAUACCGAUUUGAAACAACCAUGCAAUUUGGAUUUUGGUCAUGAUCAACCUACUAAUUUGGGGUCACCAACGCUACCACUGACGCCCAAGAUGAAUGAGAAUCCUUCAUUGCAAAAGGAGAAGAAUUUAAAUGUUUCAUUGAAUUCCUCCCCCCAAAAAGAUACAGAUUUGGAUCAUCCAUCGCCACCGCAUGCGACACAGAAUAAUCUAGAUCCGUCUUUAAAAACUUCCCCACUAAAAACUAACGAUUUGGAUCAACCAACUAAUUUGGAGUCGCCAAAACUGCCGACUGCGCCCGGGAAGAAUCUGGUUCUGUCAGAGGAAUCUUCCCCAGCAAAAGAUACCGUUUUGGAUCAAGCAACUAAUUUGCAGCCAACGUCGCCAGCUAAGACGACCGUGCAGAAUGCGGAUCCACCAAUGGAUCCACCACUAAUAAAUGCCGGCUUGGAUGAACCAACUGUUUUGGGUUCACCGUCGCCACCUAGUACGCCCUGCACAAAUCCUCUCACAUUCGAAGACCUUCUGAAACAUCUGGGAGCCGAAAUCGCUCCCGUAUCGCCGAUCGUCACCCAAUCAUCCGAUGCUUUGAAGCAGGAAGAUUCAAAACCAACACCGGCAGUGUCUGAAUCCUCCACUAAUGGCGGGGAUAAUCGACCGGGAACUGGAGUACCGAUACCAAAGAUGGAUGAUAUCACGGAAAAGAAAAUCGAAAAAUCUGCAGCAGAAUCUAAUCGGAAUCUCCCCAGCAUAACCCACAAAUUCAAAACUCCAGUGAAAUCUGUAGAAUACAAAGCUUCGGGAUCAACCAAGAAACCAGAUAUUAACCCCCACAAUCCCAAGCUUCUUGAAUGUAAUCAAAAUGGGGAACAAAACGUUCUGCAGACGCCCUUUAAAAUGCCAAGGCCAAUUAAAACUGAUCUUAUUUCUGGGGAAUUUAAAACACCGCCCAAUACUCCCUUACCGGCAAAAUCAAACCCUCAAAAAAUGAGCGAUGAAAGCAAAUUUGGGGAUCAAAAACGUAUUUUAAAGCCCUCUAGAAUUCCAAGGCCUAUCAAAGGAUAUUUUGCUGCCCAAUAUAAGUUAUCGCUACAAUGUAAUUCAAAUAUUUCCGGGUCUAUUGCAAGUCCCUUUACCUCCUUUGGAGGAGUUACUCAAUCGACAAAACCGGCACCUCUAAAACUAAGCGAUGAAUCGAAAAUACCUGUUCAAAAGCCCCUCAAAAAUGCAAGGGCAAUCCAACCUAAGCCUAUAUCCGAUAUAUAUGAAGUACCUGAAUCAACCAGUGCUUCAGAUGUUAAGAUGUUAAAUCCGAACUGUGGUCCUAAUAUUGCUAGACCACGUACGCAUCUUGCACCUAUGGCUGAACCAGAAAAACAGGGGUUUCAAAAACUAAUCAAUGAAAAUAAAUAUUUGGAUCGAAAUGUGCAUGAGCAGCCUCAAAUAGCUGUUCAAGAGCCUUCCAAAAAGACCAAACCAACCGAAACUAAAUCGAAAUCAGCUUUAUCAAAUGGUAACUUCUGCAGUCCGAAUAUAUUUGAGACUAGCGUAAAACCCUGUAGUUCUGUGAUCGCAAAGCCAGAUGAGGGACUUGGCAGUUUUACUUAUACUUCUACUUUUCAAUCAGGCUUGGUGAAGCCCAGCGAUUCGGAACUGACGGCUCCAAAAAAUACCAUCGCACCUGUUGUAAAUGAGGAACAACCAAUCAAUAAAUCUGCUGAGAAACCGGGCUAUCCUGAAAUAUUCGGCGCAGAUAUGAAUCCAAGUGACUCGAAACCCUGUAGUUCCAAAACUUCCACAGCAGUACGAGAUCAUUCAAAAAAUAAAAAGGAGAAAAAGUCGAGGUCUUCGAAGGCCAAAAACGAUGGGAAGAAACCAAAGUCACCGAAAACUAAGAAAGAAGCGAAGAAACCAGGCUCUUCAAAGAAGAGUCGUACAUCCAAGAAUUUAGAUCCGAAGUUUCAAGACCAGCUUCUAGAAGAUCCGAAGAAAAACUCCUUUGACACCGAUACCAUUACACAGUAUAAGCUACCAGAAGAAACGCCAUCUGAGGCACAAGUAUCCUCUUUGAAGCCCAGUAAAGGGAAAAAACCAAAGACUCCGAAGCAUAAAAAGGAGAAGAAAAAAUCAGGGUCUGCAAAGGGGACUCGAAAUCCGGCAAUUCGGAAACAGGUUCUACAAAACGCAAAGGUAAACUUAGAAGAGUGUGAAUUACGAGAUGUUUUAUGGAACCCGAAAGGAAAGCCAUCUGAGGCGCAAAUACCCUUUCUAAAGCCCAGUGAGGAGCCCAGGACAAUUGAGGCAGUUCUAAAAUCUAGUACUAAACUUUUUAAGGCUAACCCCCCUCAAUUGGGAAUUAAGUUCUGUAGUCCCCAACCUCUGACAACGCGGAGGAGCUCUUUACCAGCGAUUUCAAAGCGCCGAGUAUCGGUUGCUGUGGAGACAGGGUCAAAUUUGAUUGCCUCCAGUCGUAAAAUUGCUAUUCCCAAGCGCAGAGAAUCGGUGCUUAUUGAUGACGCACUAAAAUCCAAAGCCUUGAAGCCAACCUCUAAUCCCAAGAGGUCCUUUGAUGAGUUAAUAGCGGAAGCAGAUCUGAUACCCCUUAGCAGGGGAUUGCCGGCAGCAAAGCGUCGUCAUUCGGUAAUGAUUGAGCAACCAGCUAAGCGAGGCCUUUCCGUAAUGAUUGAACAACCAGUCAAAGCAAAGAUUCGCAAAACAACGACUGAAACUGACAUGAAACCAAGCACAUCGAAGGCUGCUAGGCCCGAUACUGCCAUAUCUGCUAAGUUAGAUACUAGGCCCAGCACUUCUAAGGCUGCUGCGGCUGCCAGAACCGCUAAUACAGCCAGUACUUCGACGGUUUUCGAAACCGAUGACAUGCCCAGUACAUCUCAAAAACCGCACACGUUUCUCCAAUUUAAGAUACCCAAGCUGCGCGCUGGAGGUUCCAUCAUACAAUCUGUAGCAGCUGAGACCCCCGAAGCGGAGAAUCCUACUGGCAGUUCCGAGACAAUUCACUCAACUCUAGCUAAAAGCCCUGAAGCCUCCCAAGCAAAUGCAGCUGCAGGUUCGGAGGCCACUGCAGCGCAUCCGACAGAUGCCAGCCAAGGGAGUUCGGCUAAGAGCUCUGAUGCCCCCCAAGCGAGGAACUUCCUUCGGGGAACUCCCUACAGGAGGAGCCAGUACAUCCUACCUGGCCACCCCAUGCGGAGGACCCUGGUCAACGAGUCGCCCUACGCGCUGCACGGCCAUGCCAACUACCCGGUGAACUACCCCAGCGAGCUGGCCUACCAGCGAGUCCACCACAUGGGCCCCCCCAUGAGAAUCAAUCCCAGCUAUCCGGAGGAUCAGGCCUUCUACAGGGAUGCCUACUUCAUGGACCAGCAGCUGCGGUACCAUCGCUACGAGGAGCGCCUGCGCUACGAAGAGGACUAUCCGCUGCGGCGCUUCGUGCCGCCGCCGGCCAGCUACGCCGUGGGGAGGAGUGCCCCAGUGCCGACCUACCAUCCCUAUCGCAGUGCCCAGCAGAUGAGGGGGCUGCUGCCGCACGAGAGGAUUGGCCCGACCUAUCGGCCGGGCUUCCCCCACAUCGACGAUCCAUCGCUGCCAGAGGCGCAUGCCAACAGGGCCUACCCACCAAUCAGCUACUUGCCAGCACAGUAUCAGCCGCCGGACCAUCAUCCCAUAACUGAUUACAUGGGCUGGUACAGGCUAAGCAGCGGUCAUCCCAGUGGUAGGCCCAGUGCGCCGCGCACUCCGCAGGCGGAGAUUAACGACUCAAGUGAUAAUUGCUCUUAAUAGCCGCCUCGAACGGCUUCAAGCGUUCGGGGGUCGCAAAUACCGCACCCGCAGGGAGCUCAGGGAGCGCACCCAGUUGUCCAAGGAGUCGUUGCGCCCGGUCCUCAGGCGCAUUGGCAAAAUCAGGCGUUGCACGUGGCGCAUCAGCAAGUACUAUCCGCAGGCCUAUGUGGCCGAAAAGUCGGGCCUUUCGCCGCGCCACAAAGAUCACAAGCCGGUGGGUUGCCACAGAGAGUAGCGAGUUCCCAGCACUUGCAAUGCACCUUGCACCUUUGCACCCCGCCCCUAGCUCUGCCUAAGCUAUGACUACCGCAGGCUGAUGGGCUCCUCCUGGCGCAUGGGCACUUUGAUCGAGAAAACCGGCUUUUGCAAGGUCUAGCUCAAGUACCUCCUGAGGAUGAUCGGACGGAAGCGAUGCACCAAAUGGCGACUCCUUAGCUACAAAAAGCCCCUGAUCCCUGAUCCAGAAACUGCCGUAGGCUCCCUGAGUGCCAUACACAUCGUACACAUCUAAUAUUCUGAUUACACUUGCACACCGCCCCCCCGAACACUGAAAUAAAUCACUGAGGUCGAAACAAAA